GGGCGUCAUUUUUGCGGCGAAACAAGGUGAAAAAAAAUUGCCCAUCCCUAGUGUUAAUCAUAGAACCGGCAUGGCAUUGAUUGAAUGGUGCUUGUAGUCACAGCCAGCAGUGUAAAGUGGGCCAGUCAGAUACUAUACAGCAUUGGUCUGUGUACUUGUACAGUUUGAGAUUGUUACCAGGGAUUGUUUAGAUCUUAUCAUUUACAAAUUACUUGUAAAAUGAAUACACUAUGGUGGCAUUGUUUUGUACUCCAUUUACUUGAAGAUUAUAUCAAGUCAUGGCUAACAGAAAAAGCUUAUAAAUUGCUCAAAUCUAGUGCCAGUCACAAGAGGUAGAGAAAUACAACCAAGAAGGGUAAUGUAAUAAUGAAGCUAACAUUUUCAUCUGCCCAGUAGCCCAUAGGACAAGCUAUAGGUAAUACAAAUUGCAUUAGACUACCAAAAGCAUUGCUAUGGGCCAAAGGUCAUUUAAAACAUAUAAAUCUAUGGCAUAGGCAAUAAAUAUUUACUUUACCCCAUCAUGUUUUUGGCAGUGUUUUUAGUUUAAUGUCAAAUACUACGAUAAAAUAGCAUAAUGGUUUUAUCAUAAAAAUUUGCAUGUAUUCUUCUGCUACUAUUCAGAAAUAUGUCGCUUUCCUUACCCUGGGUUAAUUCCCAUCCGAGAAGGGAAUUCCUUCUUCAUUGUUCAUCAUACCUUCCUUUAUCCCUGCCCAGCUUCCAUCCUCUAGAUUUCCCUGCAGACCAAAGAGUCCCCAUUUCUAGCUAAUUUUCCAGAGGUAUAUAACUGAGGGACAGGGUAAAUGUCAGCAGAAAGCUAGGAAGAAGGUCAGAGAAGCAAACCCUUAAAAACAUGGCUCUGUCAUAUUAUUCAUGCAUUUUGUUAUACGUUCUGCAUCUCUUCAUUGCUUGUCAAGCACAGUAUGAGUUAUCCAUAGCCCCUCAAAAUCCAGUGGUUUUGUUGGGGGCAUCAGUUCAACUUAACUGCUCAAUCAGUUGCCCUGGAGGCUCUACUACAUGGAAGGGACUUGAUACCAACCUCGGAGGACUGUAUAUUGGUACAGGUUUCAGCAUUCUGAACAUUCAAAAUGCCAGCAUCUCUAUGGAUGGAACCAUGAUAUGUGUGGGAAUAUGCCCUAAGGGUGACAAAAAGAAUUAUCAGAACUCGGUGUCCCUGCAUGUAUAUGCCCUGCCAGAGUCAUUGAUCCUAAGUGCUCACCCUGAAGCAGAGCCCCCUUCUCUGCAUUGCUUCAUGAGGGCAGUGUAUGUGAAAUCAGACAUUACAGUCAAGUGGUUCAAAGGUUUAGAGAGUUUGGAGGCCUCCAAGCAGAAAGAAGAGUGGGAUGAGGAUGAGGAUGGCUUAAGCUAUUACACAUGGAUACUGCCAUUUGCAGGAGACACUGAGUGGGAACCAAGAACCUCAUAUGGCUGUGAAGCAGAAAUAGCUGUUGGUGGACAUUUAUUCACAAGAAAAGGAAUCCUGCACCUUCCACUGAAAGAUACAGUUGGCUUACAUCUAGCCACGUCCCUAAAUGUAGGCAUCCAAGCCACCAGUGCAGCAAGUUCGACCAUAACAUAUACUAUCCCAGAAGAGUACCCUGAAAUCUUGCAUGAAGUUUCAAGUCCCGCACAAGAGUACAAAUCCAGGUUACCCAUGGAUACUGGCACACAGACUUUUCCCAAAAGUCCUUUAGAGAGUCCUAAGCAGCUUAUAACUGCAACUAUACCAAGCAGCUCCUUGCCAGGCAGUAGCAAUUCUUUCAGAAGGUUUCCAACAGCCAUGCCCACUGCAUUUCAGAAGGUCUUUCAAACAUCAUCUUCCAGGAAAAAACACACAAAUCUUCUUACAGAAUAUCCAACUGUUAGAACAAAUGUUAAUGUCAGAAGUUAUUCCAAGCCCUUCAUUUCUGCCUUUCAAGGUACUCAAUCUGCCUCUGUUGCCUAUUAUACUUCUGAACAAGGUAAAAACAUGAAAGAUGGCCAAACAUCUCCCAAGACAGAAAGCCUUACAUCUGUUUCUACAGAAGAGAGCACUACCCAAAUGAAGUCUGUUGAACAUCUUUUCACAACAUUACCACUUGUUCAUCAAAGUAAAUUGUCUAAUACUCAAGUACGACCAAGCCCUACACCUUGGCCUACUACAAUACUUCAAUUUAUGUCUUCCCAAGGGAUCCAGGCUGCAAAUGAAUCUCCCACCCCAGUAAUUCCAAGAGGUGGGUUGGCAUUAACCUGGGUCAUUGUCCCAACACUUGGCCUAAUGGGAAGCCUGAUGCUCUCUUUUCGACUUUGGAGAGCCCUGAGACGGAAAGGAUCCUUCAUACCUAAACAGCUGUAACCUGUGCAGAGAUGGACUGCGUUUAACAAUAACCUCAGCAUGGCAUAUGAAUGUUUGAGCAUGGGAGGGAGGAAGAAGAAGACUGGCUUGACUGGAAAGAA